ACUUCUGAAGCUGCAUUCACUGCCGUCAAAAAGGAGAAGGCAGAGACAGAACAAUGGUGCGGAGCUGGCCAAAUAUUGCGCUAACGGGCACGCCGGGGACGGGCAAGUCGACGCACGCUGCGCAGAUCCUUUCGCGCUUUGCGUCUGCAGAUGCGUCUGCUUCUUCAUCAUCGACGUCGUCGACGUCGUGGGGGCCAGCUGGCGAAGGCCCGCUUCGGCACAUGGACAUGGGCCAGAUCGUCAAGGCCAACGGCUUCCACACGGGCUACGACGCCGAGUGGAAGACGUACGACGUCGACGAGGAGCCGCUGCUGGACUACCUCGAGCCCUUCACGGGAGGCCACGCGCCCGAGCCGCUGGACGACGAGGCGGGCCAGGAGGGCGAGGGCGAGGGCGAGGGCGAGGAAGAGGGGGGAGAGGCUCGGGGCGGCUUGAUCCUCGACUGGCACUCCGUCGAGGCCUACCCAGAGCGGUGGAUCGACCUCGUCGUCGUGCUGCGGUGCAACCAUGAGCUCCUCUGGAAGCGCCUCGAGAAGCGAGACUACCCGCUGAAGAAGAUUCAGGAAAACAACGAGGCGGAAAUCAUGGAGGUGGUGCUGGCCGAGGCGCGGGACUCGUACCCGCUCGAGGCCAUCGUCGAGCUGCGCAGCGAGACGGCCCAGGACGUCGAGGACAAUGUCGAGCGCAUCGUCCAGUGGAUCCACGCCUGGCGAAAGCAGCGGGGCUUCUCUUCUUCGGCCCAAUGAUCUGGCAUCUGCAUCUGCAAACAAAGCCUCAUGUUCCUUUAUAACGUGUGUAUUAUAGCCCAAGGAUGCCUCCGGCCAAACCAAAAAGAGAAGAAUGCGAGAAGCAAUUGUACA